AUGUGCGUAUCUCAAGUUAAAAAAGCAACUAUUAUAAGAAUCAAUGUUGGUGGCAGAUCAUUUGUAACAUACGAUGAUACUCUGAAAAGGUCUUUAUUCUUCAAGUAUCUUCUUGAAAAUGUGAUGCAAAACAGCGGAAAGACCGUAAACGGUGAGUACUUUGUGGAUCGAAGCGGGGAGCUCUUUGCACACGUGUUAGACUAUUUGGUACAUGGCACACUCCAUUGGAAGCAACUUGACAGAAGGAUUCUAGCACAACUGUGGCAUGAAGCAGACUUUUAUCAAAUCAAGGGAAUGAAGAACGCAAUAGAAGAGGAAAUUGCAAGCCUUGGUCAUAAUGUAGACAACCUCUCUCUUGUGCCAUUCGACAAGAUUAAGCAUACGAUCAACUGCCAUGACAAAGAUGAGAGCCAUAUUAAAAAUGUAUCCAGCAAGUAUGAUCUGAUUACAGUCAUAGACUGUGCAGAAAAAGUAUGGGAGUGCGCAGCUAAUGUCACUGAUCACGAUUCUCCUUGUACCUGCGUGGUUAGCAAUAUGGAAACAAGAAACGGUCGCUGGAUAACUGUAGGCAAGCCUUAUGCGCUGGUCUCAACCAGGGAAUAA